AUGGUGUGCAAGAAAGAGCAACCUAAAGAGGAAGCUCUCGUGGUGUGUAAAGAAGAGUCGCUGCCGAAAGAAGAAGCCAUCGUGGUGAAGAAGAAAGCCGAGACUGAAGCCUGUGAGGAACCGGCUCCAACAGAGGAAGUCCAUUUGGACGGUCUUUGGGAAAGUUGGGCUAAUGAUGGCAGGCUUCGGGAGCGGGUUCUGAAGACCGGCACAAUGUUUACGUGGCCAAGCAAGAAAACAGUUGGUGUGUGCAGCUUGAAGACAGCUGCUUGUAAUGCCGAUGUUUUGCUGACCUUGAUCAAGAUUUGGUGCCCACAACUUUCUGUGGCCAAAACAAUCUUCGUGCCGCAAGCACGUGAGCAGGUUUUCAAGUUGCGGGACCAUUUCGCGAUGGAAGAGAAUGUGGUGAGACAGAACUGUGAUAGAAGGCUGCAGGAGAUCUAUGAGAUCAUCACGGAGUAUUGGGCACCGAAGAAAAGGCGCAGCACAGCCUCCUUGGAAGGGAUUGAGGAAGAGGAGGAAGGAGAUGCCGAGUGUGAUGAUGAGUGUGCUGUUGCAUUGAAAGAUGACGACGAGGAUGAUGCUGAAUCCUGUCAGGCCCUUGAUGAUGACUAUGGUGAUUCUGCUAUCGAAGAGCUUCGUGUUGCAGAAAAGCUAGGAAUGAGGAGCUUGGCUGCUGCAGUUGAUGGUUCGCCUUGCUUGAAGACAGGCUUGACGGAUGAUCUGGAGCAGAAGCUUCAGAUCAGCAGUCCCAUGUGCAAGCUUGAGACUAGCAGUGGCAAGAGUGAAGGUUCGUGCAAGAGUGAGCCAAGCUUGAUCAGAUGUGUCAACAUCGAGGAAUCUCCUGAAGUGGAGAAGCCCAGGGCCAAGAAGUUGAAAGUAGAACAGGUGAAGCAGCAGCAAUUUCACAAUGCUGAUCCCACAGAUCCUCGUGUACUACGCAUUCGUGAGCUGCAGUUGCUAGCCUACAUUGAUAUGCAAGAAAUCGCGAAGCGUCGUGCGACCGCAUCUUGCGCACGGCCACUUUGCAGUGGCCGCAGACCUGAGCCUGCUAUUGAUGUGAGCGUGCAAGACACAUGCCCGGCUGAUCUUUCCCCCCUUGCCAAGAAUCUGGAGAAGGAGUUUAGUGCAGUGGGUGGAGAGUGCGGUGAUGCCACAAAGCCACCCCAGCAAAACCCAAAGGCCUUACCAAGUCCUGUGGCUGCCAGCCCCGAUCCAGCCAAAGCCGAGCCAGUUUCAAAUGAUUGUUUUUUCGACGAGGAUGAACCCCUCACCCGUGAGGAGCAGAUGCAGGCCAAAAACACUGUGCAGUUACUCGAAGAGGAGGCCGAGGAUGAGGGAUUGCAGGAGGCCCCAGCUAGCAGCAGCAAGGCAAAAGCUGCAGCCAAACCGGAGAAGGCUGUGGAUGCUGCAGCCACAGGAUCCAAGAGGAAGGCCCAGCAGGAGUCUGAGGAGGCACCCCCGAAGGCAAAGGCUAAGUCCAGGAAGCCCCGUGCACCGUCUGUGAAGCCGGAUGUUAAGGAGCCAGAGCAAGCCCCAGAAGCGGAAGCCGAAGCCGAGAAAGGUCCCAAGAAAACAUUCGCCGGGCGACGACCCCCGCAACAUGAUGCUUAUGCAAUUCAGCGUUUUGCUGCCAUUCGUGAUGCCUUUUUCUUGAUUGUGAAGCCGAAAGUUCGAUUCCCUGCUAAGUUCGAGGACUCCUUUUGGACACUUGCCAUGGAGAACCUGAAGGGAGUGGAUGGGGUCGGUUUGGACAAGGUGGCCAAGAAGUCUGCGGAGGAUUUCCUGACUCAUGAGGAGGUUCAAAGUGGCCUGGCUAGCUAG